UAUACUCUUAUUUUCAACAUUAUACAUAUGGAAAUCAUACCACACAGUUCCAGAAAACAGAUUACAUUUAUAAUAGUCCUACACAAAAUGUAAUUUAAACUGAAAAAAUAUGAAGAAAAGAAAGCACACUUUCAAUUUCAAGGCAGCUUAGUUUUUUAAACGCAGUGCUCAUGUAAAAUGAGGGAUAAAGGCACAGGAUGCCAUUUCUGUAAGAGACGGAGAGAGAGAGAGGGAGAGAGAGAGGGAGAGAGAGACGGAGAGAGAGGGGAAUGAGGAAGGCUGUUAGUCCCAGUGUUUAGGGUUCUCCAGACAUGCUCAAAAUCAGGUAAUGGAAAAAAUGAUUGUGGAGCAACAGAACUAAGAACCACUCACCAUAAAACACCAUAAAAUAGUGAGGGAAAUAUAAAUAAAAGUGUAUUGUAGAAUUAGGAAGGAUUACCACCAAACUAGUUCCAAAUUUGCAUUAUAAACUUUUAUAAGGGUAUUGCUGUUUGGUUCUAGUUUUGUAAAACGACGAGGAAAGAACACUUCGACAUCCUUUCCAGAGGAGCCUGUGCAUGAAGGUGUCACAGCGAUCAGUAGCUGAUGUUGUGACAGCGCUGAGGAACAGCAGCAGCAGCAGCGGGAUGGCUUUAUCUUUCAGACCUCCUUAAUGCUCAUAGGCCUGGCCAGGUGGCACUGCGCCUCUCCCAGCCUCCAGCUGUCUGAAUUAUUAACACAUUCAUUCUUUCUCUCCCUUUCUCUCACAUUUCAACAGGUACCCUCCGUACAAUAGCACUCUUCCUCAAACCCAGCUGCCCUUUUUUUCCAGCACUCGAUGCACUCUGUUGAAAGACGACACAGCAUAGUGGAGACCAAUGCUGCACUAAAAAGGCCCCACAGAAGACAAGGAUGACUUUCUAUGUUUGGUUUCUCUUCCAACUUUGUGUCGCAAGCCCCACAUCUGUGCCUCAGCCCCCAUGCCUGAAAGGAUGUGACUGCCACAGCAUGUUCAAAUUCGUCAACUGCUCAAGUUCUUCCUUCACCUUCAUCCCAAAUGCCACUCCCUCGGACACAGAACACCUUGAUUUAUCCCGAAACAACCUGACGACUAUUCCAGUCAGGGCCUUCUGGCCCCUCUGGAGGCUGAAGGUGCUCCUUAUGAAUGACAACAACAUCAGCCACAUCGCAGACGGAGCAUUCUCUUCCCUCCAGAGCAUUCAAAAGCUGGAUUUGAGCCGGAACAAGCUGGCUGCUCUUGGUAACAGAUUUUCCAUUGGUCUCAAUUCCCUGAGGGAACUAGUAUUGUCAGAAAACAAACUGAAGGCCUUGCUUAGCAACAGCCUCCUCCACCUGGAGAACCUGGAGAAGCUCAAUAUCAGAGGCAACAGGAUUAGUUUCAUUGAGAAUGGGGCUUUCCGCAGCAUGACCCAUCUCCGGAGGCUGACUCUACAGGACAACAACAUGACCGCCCUUCCCCAUGGGAUCUUCUCCAUGCUGCCGAAGCUGGAGGUCCUGAACCUGCAGAGCAAUCAGAUCAACAGCACUGAUAUUAAGGUUUUCACCUCCUUGACCAGCUUGUCUUUACUCAACCUGGUCAACAACCAUCUGGAGAACAUCAAAUUCAAGACGUUCCUCAGCAUACAGACCUACGGGACUCAUAUCUUGUUGGCUAAUAAUCCCUGGCAUUGUGAUUGUGACCUCCAGAGGGUCUUCAGAAAGCUCCAGAGUGUACAGCGACUCAUUCUGGAUGACUAUUUCAACAUGACGUGCACAGAGCCUCCUCAGCUGAAUGGCUACAGGCUGGAUGACGUGGAUAAUAGGCUGUGCAUCGGAGAGACCGUGGUGGUGCUGAUCAUCACUUUCACUGUCAUUGUGACUGUAGUGGCUGCCAUUGUCAUGGCAGAGAGGAACAGGAAGAAAAGCACUGGCAAGCACUGGAGUGAGGAGAAUGACAUGCCUUACAGUUCCCAGGACUAGGAGCGGACAGACCAGAUAUGGACAGAUUACAAUUUCUUUGUAUUUAAUGAUGAUUAUAUCCCUGUCUGAAAUGAAUCUUCAUGCCUUUAAAAAUGAUAGAUAGCCAGCUCUCUGGUGACCUGCAUUCUUGUCCCACAAUCCCUACUGCUAUUCAAAAAUGAAGGGAUACGCAUUUUGUGAAUGUUACAGUCAAUUAUUAAUGUGGAACAUGCCCCAUUAAUGACAUUACACUAUUAUACUAUACUACUUUUUAUAGUUAUUUAUAUGUGUACCCUUGUCUGAAAUAAUCAUUGAAGUUCUCCGAGUGAAUUUUUUAAGAGCAGGGAUCAAGCAUCCGUUAGAAGUGUUUCAUCAGCAAGCGAGAACAGGUGUCAUUAACUAGUGUCAUUUCAGCUGUGCUUUAUUCGCGUUCCAUUAUUGAGUAAUAACAGAACAUCUGACCUACACAGAAAACAAUGGGAGAGCAGUUGUAUAAUCUACCAUAAUCUACAAUUUUCUACAGUGCUCAAUGUACUCCAAAUUGUCAUUAGCACAUUUUUUUUUUCAGAAAGGAAAAUCGCAUCCAAUAAAGUUGUUCAACCAGAAGUAAAAAAAAAAAACAAUGACAUUAAUGUUGAGGCUUGCAAGUGUCUUAUUUUGGUUUUUUUUAUUUUAUUUUUUAUUUUAUUCAUUUUAAAAUUGUAAUUGGUGUUUCAAAUCCUUCCAAAAAAAUAUCUGCUAAAGAUAAUUUAGAGUAAAAAGCUUCGAGAAUAUAGUCCAAGUAAUUCUUUAUUGACCAAUUUGGUACGGGUAUGAAAUAUCACAGAUAUCUUAACUAAUGUUUUCUGCUUGUUGUCUGCAUUCACUUUGUGAAUCGUUUUCAGUUUUAGUCAUCACAUCGUGGUGGCUCUGAAGUUUAAAGCACCUCUAUGGGUGCAGUACGGCUCUCAAACGUCUCCAGUCCAACUGGUGCACCAGAGUGUUGCCAUUAGCUCUGUCAUUAGCUCAGCAGUAUUUCUUACUGAUGCAACAUUUUCUAAAGUGUGAAUUUAAGCCCUAUUGAGAAAGCUUCAACUUGUGAGGUGUUUGAAGGAUCUUGUAUAAAACAUGUUUGUGAAACUGCUCUAAACUGUCUCUUGCUCUUUCAACAACACCUACAAAGUCCCAUGAAUAUCAAACUGUAUGUUAUUAAUAAAAAACAGACUCUGAAAAACCAACCAACCUUCUUUACCAAACAAUUUGUACAAAAGAGAGAAACAAGUGUAAACAUGCUAAACCUUUAAUUAUAUAACCAUACCUAUCUGUUUGGUUCUCUGGAAACUUAUGGAAACUAUAAUAAGA